AUGGUUUGCGCCUUGCAGUGUGAACGCAGAGGAUAUGAAUCGUUCCCAAAGGAGAUAACGAAGGAAUUUGAUUAUAGACGCGAAGGGGAAAUCGGCGACCAGAAGGCAGCACGAUGGUUCGUCGCUCGACUCGCAAUCGGUGGCGGCCUCCGGGGUUCGACUAGACUGAAGAAGAAGAAGAAAAAUGAUCGAAGCAGCGAGGCGGCUGUCUCCUCGGACGAGAAGAAAGAGACAAAGCAACGGGGCUGCUCGUCUUCAGUCUUGGAAGGAGUUGCGAAGGAAAACGAGAUGGCUGCGAGGCCUGAUGGCGGUCGUCAUCUCGGAAAGAAGAUGGAACGCCUCCGAUGCCUAGAAUUUGCCUCCGGUCGUCGACCGAUCGUGAAGAAGAAGGAGCGCCUCCGUCUUUGA